AUGACCUAUGAUAGUACUACUCAACAAAAGAUUUAUGUUUCAAAAAUUACUCUAUCGAUGAGAUUCAAUAUUUAUCUUGUACAUACAAUACCAUCGUUUAUUGCUUAUAUUAUUAUCAUCAUUUAUAUAUUGACUCACAAAACUCUACGUUCAGCACCAAAUAAUUAUUGUCUUAUCAUUCUUUUAGUUGUUCAAUUUGCUUUCAAAAUAAUAGAUGCUCCAUUACAGUUAUAUUUUUAUCAUCAAGGCAAAGUACUUUUUCAGAAUGCUAUCUUUUGCUAUAUAUGGCGGCUUAUCAAUCAUAGUGGUUAUUCAAUAGGUGCAAUGUUACUAGCAUGGGCUUCAUUUGAACGUCAUAUCCUUAUUUUUCAUGAUCGUCUUCUUCGUUCAAAAUGGAAAAAUAUAUGUUUGCAUUAUGUACCACCUUUUAUUAUUAUUGUCUAUGUUCUAUGUUUUUAUAUUUAUGCUUUAUCUUUCUAUUCAUGUAAAAUUCCACUUAAUUUCCAAAGUGUUGCUUGCGGCAAUGGUUGGAUGCAAAAUUAUCCAGUUCUAUCCGCGUGGAGCAAGAUGAUUCAUAAUAUAAUUUCUCCAAUAUGUAUUGCUGUAUUUAGUGUUUCACUUUUAGUUCGUGUUCUUUACUCAAAGCGUCGUCUUCAGCAAACGUUUAGUUGGCGAAAGUAUCGUAAAAUGGCUUAUCAACUUCUUUCGAUAUCAUUUCUUUGUCUUGGAAUCGUUUUACCAUAUGGUUUAUUCAUCUUCUUGAGUCGAGUUGGUGUACGUAAUAUACCAAAAUUGGGUUAA